GUAGAAAAUAAAUAAAUAAAACAAUUUGGACGGCGAAUUAUCAAGCUCAGAUUUUCGGCACUUCCUUUUUAUCGGUUAAUAUUGUCACACACCAACAGCGUCCGCAAUGAGUUUUGAGUUUGUUCUGCCGUUGAGUCACAAGGACCUUCUUCAGAGCAGAGGUACCAACCAGUAUGUGGUGGAAGAGGUUUACCCCGCUAGACAGGUACCCGACAGGGUCUAUGGGUGUAAGACUGCACUGCGGACAGAGGGCCCCUCAAUGAUCCUAGACCAUUUUGAUGGUUUCUAUAGUUUACUCAGACAUUUUAACGAAGUAAAACAGGAGACGAAAGAAGACGCAUGGGAACUGUUAUUGAAAGCUCAACAGCAAUUGACGACCAAUCUCUCGUCUCUCCUGGAUGACCCUGAGGGACAAGCCGAUGCUAAGCAGCACCUCAACACCCUCAAGAUGGUAUCUUACCUUCUCUGUCAGACGGUCGAGGCGUUUGAAGCAGAUGCAUGCAAGCCGUCCAUCGAUACGACGGUCAGAGGAGGGCGGGGUCGAACCAAGAGUAAGAAGACGGCAGCUGGAUGGGAUUGGGAAGCUGAGAAGGAGCGUUUCUUACAAGGAAUGUUACAUCUUCUCCAGUUAGAGGUCUGGAGACUGUGGGACCCGCCCAUCGUGGAGGAAGAGUUUGUCAACCUCGUAAGCUGCUGCUGCUAUAAACUGCUGGAGAAUCCCUUGGUUGGGAGGAACGCGGGAACCAAAGAAGCGUUGUUCAGUCUGCUUGGUCUGCUCAUUAAGAGAUACAACCAUACAUUGGGAGCAAGUCUUAAGAUAAUCCAGCUUCUGCAGCACUUUGAGCAUCUUGUCAGCCCCAUGGCGCAGGGAGUGCAAACAAUCGUCGCUCAGUUCGGGGCCAAGAAUAUCGUCAGUGAAAUCAUGAGGGAACUUGGUAGUCUGGACCCGUACGACCUUGCGCGUGAUAACAGCGGUACCCGAUCCUACGCAGCUUUCCUCGUUGAGUUGUCGGAGAAGAUUCCUAGUCUGAUGCUGCCUAGCAUCAGUCUGUUGCUGUGUCAUCUUGAUGGAGAGUCUUACACCAUGCGCAACGGUGUUCUUGGUGUCCUAGGGGAGAUCGUCAUCCAGGUCUUGAGUAAAGAUGGCCUCGACAAAAAAGCAAAGAACACCAGAGACCAACUUCUGGAUAAACUUGAGGACCACAUCCACGACAUCAACGCCUUCAGUCGUAGCCGCGUCCUUCAGGUCUGGCUACAUCUCUGCCGAGAGAAAGCCAUUCCGUUGCCAAGACAACGCAGCGUGAUGUCACUGACGCUCGGUCGUCUCCAGGACAAGUCGAGCAUCGUCCGUAAGAACGCUGUGCAGCUGCUCUCUGAGUUUCUAACAAGCAACCCUUUUGCUGCUAAGCUACCUGUGAAUGAGCUGGAAGCCACUCUUGAAAAAGAGAAGGAGAAACUGAAAGCCAUGAUGCCUGACGAGCCACUUGAUAUAUCAAGAGAUGUACACGGUAAGACGGAAGAGAUGUGGCAAGCAAUGGAGCCAGAGUUGACUACCAUCGUCAAGGAGCAUCUUGAGGAAGAUGCAGAGGACGAUGAGGAGGAGGACUGCCAAGAAAUACCCGAAGAUGCAACUGUGGAAAGCAUUAAUUCAACCAUUCGUGAGCUACUGGAUAAAUCUCAGCAUCGCCAGGCUCUACGUCUUCUCCGAUCUGCAAGAAGUUCCUGGCCCGACUACAAGCUCUUCAUUGAACCAACUCCCGUCUUUAGCCCUCUUGAUGGUGAGGAGGAGGACGAAGAUGAAGCCCAAGUCACCCAGGCACAGCUUCUUGCUACUCUCAAAGCUGUUUACCUAGGUGAGAAGCAACAAGAGCCUCUGGAUUCUGACUCAGAGGAGGUGCUGAACCUUCAAGACGUCAACGAGCUCACUGGGGAGGCUGCCGAAGGGGAUGGUGUAGAGUCUGUUGUUAACGAGUUGACUAAGCAACAAGUUCUUGUCAAAUACCUCCAGGACUGUGUCACCUUCGCCGCCCAAAUCCAACAAGCCGUCCCCAUCCUCUGCGAGCUCCUGAGCUCCAAGAUCAACAGCGACGUCCUAGAGGCCAUUGAGUUCUUCGUCAGAGCUCACGAGUUUGGAGUGAUCAGCGCGCUGGAGGGGAUCCGUCGUAUGAUGGUGCUGGUUUGGUCCAAGGAGCAAGGGGUGAAGGAUGCGGUGGUUGCUGCGUAUAAGAGGCUGUAUCUCAACCCCCAAGGAGGCACCCAGAGAUCUCGUUCUCUGACCAUCGUCAAGAGUCUGAUGAAUCUGACCUUCGGUGCUCGCCUCGGCGAGCUGACCUCUUUAGAAGAGCUCCUUGGGGAGUUUAUGAAGAGCGACGACGUACCCCCCCAGGCCAUCCAGAUACUGUGGGAGCACUUCACCAAGAAGCACUCCAACACUACGGAGGAGGAGAGCAAGGCGGCGCUGGUCAUCCUUGGAAUGACCGCUGGGGCUGACAUGAGCAUUGUACGCUCCAACAUUGACCUGUUAGUAUCAGAGGGUCUCGGUGAGAGAGGACAGAGAGAUUUCAUCUUAGCCAGAGACACCUGCCUGGCGUUACUCAAGACGGUCAAAGCUGGCAAGCCCAAGGUUCUUGAUGGAGAGGAACCAUUCCGUUUCCCAGCCGACCAUCAGAUCUUCACUCGUCUCUCCACCAUCUUGAUAACAGGAGUGAGUGAUUUGGAGAAAGUGCACUGGUUACCGCUGGCCGAGCAAGCAGUUAACACCAUCUACCGGCUGGCCGAGCACCCGGAUACUGUCUGCGGAGACAUCGUGAAGAAAUUAGCAGCUGCGAUUAUUAAGGCUGGACAGAGUGAUGAAACGACGCAGGGUGGGGAGGAUGGUGAAACACAACCUGAGCAGGAAGGGGAAUCGUCAGCGAGUACCAGCUGCCCAGCCGGUGUCCUGUCUCGUUUCUUAGCCUUCUCCGGCCAUGUGGCCUUGGCCCAGCUGGUUCAUCUCGACGUGAUGGUCUCGGGAGAGAUGAAACGGAGACACAAUAUUCAGGAUAAGGAGAAGGAGAAGAAAGAUCCCAAGGAUGCUGCUAAGGGGAGUGUUUCUGGCGAGCAGGCGUCCAUUGAGGAUGAGAUGGGGCUGGGAGGAGCUGCCGUUGAGGAUGCCGAAGCUGAAUACAUUCGCAAGAUCUGUGAAUCCGAACUAGUCACUGGGCAUAAUCUCCUAUCAGCCAUUCGUCCACUACUCGUAAUGGUCUGCAGCAACCCGGUCAAAUACAACGAGCCCGGUCUGAGGGCAGCAAGCUCUCUGGCUCUGGCCAAGUUCAUGCUGGUCAGUUCCGACUUCUGUGAGGCUCACCUUCAACUGCUCUUUACCAUACUGGAAAAGGCUCCUCAACCAGUGAUUCGAGCAAACCUCAUUAUUGCUCUCGGAGACCUCACCUUCCGAUUCCCCAACCUGAUUGAGCCGUGGACACCCAACUUAUAUGCAAGACUGAGAGAUUCCUCUUCGCACGUCCGCAAGAACACGCUCAUGGUUCUGACCCAUUUGAUCUUGAACGAUAUGGUAAAGGUCAAAGGUCAGAUCAGCGAGAUGGCUUCGUGUAUUGUGGAUCCGGAGGAACGCAUCGCUGCCCUGGCCAAACUCUUCUUCUUUGAGCUGUCUAAGAAGGGUAAUGCCAUCUACAAUGUGAUGCCGGACAUGAUCAGCCGGCUCUCCGAUCCAGAGAACGGUAUGGAUCAAGAACAGUUCAAGUUAAUCAUGAGGUAUGUGUUUGCAUUCAUCCAGAAAGACAGACAAGCAGAGUCAUUGGUGGAGAAACUUUGCCAUCGUUUCCGGGCAACAAGGACUGACAGACAGCCUCAAGACCUGGCUUUCUGCUUGAACCUUCUCAAUAUGAGCGAGAAGUGCAUCCGUCGUCUUCAAGAGAACUUUGCCUGCUUUGCAGACAAGCUCCAUGACACCGAGGUCUACUCUUCUUUCUCCUCAAUCCUCUCCAAGGCCAAGAAAUUCGCCAAACCAGAAAUGAAGGUCAUAGUGGAUGACUUUGAGCAGAAACUGAACGAGUGUCACACUAAAGGAGUGGACGACGAGGCGGUGGUAGAGAAAGCCAGUAAAGCAUCGGCCGCAGCUCGGGCCAGAGACAAUGGAGGCCGGUCAGCAGCACGAAAGAAAAACGGCAAACGACGGGGUCGUGGCAAAUCCUCCCUAGACAGCAAUGAGGAAGAUGAAGAUGAAGACACCGUGGCGACCCCUGCCCCCUCCCGCAGACCCGGUCAAACACCCAGACAGACCACGGUGGGGAAGACCCAGGGGAAUAACAAGAAGGGCCGGCGGGUGAGAGCUGUUACGUUCUCCAGUGAUGAAGACGACAGUGAUGAUGAUUUCUUCGUGGCAGAUAAAGGACAGGCUGGAUCAAAAGCAUCGUCCCUAGAUUCCACCGAAGAGGAGGAGGACAUGAGCGACUAUGAGAACAGAGAUCCCAACCGCCAAACACCCCAAGAACAUGGCAAGAUGAAGAAACUGCACAACACCAAGGAGAAAACCAAGACACCCCUCUCCUCACAAAGGAGGGGUCAAGUCAGUCCCACAUGAAGACUCAACAACAGCUUUUCAAUUAAAUAGUUUGCAUUAAUGGACACAAAUUUGUCAAAAUCAGUCAGGGCUGGAAUUUGAAGAAUUUACCCUGUAAAACCUAGGACUUCAUAGAGCUGCUUAAGCAGAAAUUAUCGCUAAAUCAUUUUCUGCUUAGUCAAAAUUAGCAGGAUAUCGCUCACAGAUUGUGCAGGUGACACAGUGUUUUGGUUGAUAGUCUUAUUCUGCUAAGCAUUUCUUAUUUGAAGUUUCUUUCUCUCUUAAUGUCCCUUUUUAUUGCUUCAAUAGUACUUGGAUAAACUAUUCACCGAACGCUUUUUAUUAGUUUUUCGGUUUUUUGUUUUUUUUGUUUUUAUGUGAAUAUUUUUUGUAUGCGAAUUUACCAGAUUUCCCUUGAGUGUCUAGACUAGGAAAUGACAGUUUGUGGUGGAGAGUCUGUUUCAAGGUGAAUUACGCAACUUGUCAGUUUCAGAUCACAUUUUUACUAAUCACCAUGUGAAACUUCUCUGGCCACAGGUGGGUAGUACUAGUAGUUAUCACUCCACAUCUUUUGCUCAAGUGACUUGACCAUAAUGAUGGGCCAGAGUAUUGGGAAGUCUUGUUUCCCAGAAUAUCUUUUGCUCAAUUUCACAAAACAUUACCGACUCAUCUUAAGCUGAAUUGUCAGUAUUACCCUAGUGAAUUGUCUGCCGUCGAUUUCACAAAGAGUUAGGACUUGUCUUAUCUCGAGUU